CCCUAGAAGUUGUAAUUUUAAUUAAAUAGGAAUAAAAUUCAUUUAGAAGACAUGUCAUUGAACUACGAAGAUAUGAGUUGGUCAGAUGUGAGAGACCAGUUCAGAAAAUGGCGUGAGGAGAACGGGCGACACAGCGAGGAUGUUGUCCAGCUGUGGGUUGCCGUGUUGGAGGACAAACUGCACAAGACUGGCAAUGAGAGGCAUCUAAUUUUGGAGCAGGUUAUUAUAGCGGCCCUCGACACGGCUCGAUUCGACAUUGCGGCCCAGUGCACCAAACAGCUGAGUAUUGAGUUUCCCGGCAGUCUGCGUGUGAUGAAGUUCAAAGCAAUGCGCUACGAGGCCCUGGAGCAAUAUGAGGAUGCCGAGGAAGUUCUGAAUGCCAUAAUUGCCAAAGACGAGACCAAUGCCGCACCACGUAAGCGGAAAAUAGCCAUACUAAAAGCGUGCGGCAAUCGAUUGGAGGCCAUUAAGGAACUGAAUGAAUACCUGAAAAAGUUCAUGUCCGAUCAAGAGGCUUGGCACGAGCUGUGCAGUCUGUAUUUGGCUGAGGCUGAGUACGGAAAGGCUGCAUUUUGCAUGGAGGAAGUAUUGUUGCACAAUCCGCAUAGCCAUUUGAUUCAUCAACGACUUGCCGAAAUUCGUUAUACCAUGGGCGGCGUGGAGAAUAUUGAAACAGCGCGCACAUACUAUUCGCAGGCUCUCAAAUUGAAUCCGCAAAAUUUGCGUGCUCUAUACGGACUCUACUUGAGCUGUAGUUUCUUGGCCAACUCCAGGGCAGUUAGCUCCAAACGCAAAGAAUCGCAAAAGCUGGCCCAAUGGGCCCUAGAACAGGUUUCGGCUCAUACUGUCAAACUAUCGCCAAUUGAGCACAAUGAUAAGCUUAUUGCAACACUGGACAAUGCCUUUGGAAGCCUGGAUAUUAAGGCGAAUUGACCCCCAGAUCAUUCGAAUAGCCCAGGUGCAAUAUCUGACAGAAUGUAAACAAAUUCCAAAUAUGCAUAGAAUCAACUAAGAAACACGUAAACAUACAUUAAUAACAAAACACUGCAUCAACGAUAAAUCAUUGCACUGAGUAGGUCUCAGUGUUUAUUAAAGUUUUUAAAUUUUGGUGUUGGCCAUCGGCGCAUUAGUUGUUUUUUGCUAAAGAAACCACACACACACACACACACAGACACAAUCACAUUAGGAGAUAUGUCGAAGAGAGAUCUUGUAAUAAAUCUAGCAAAAUCCAUAACUAAA